CUUCCCUAUGGGGUAUGAUGUCGAGAAGAUGGGGUUUGCACCCGUAGUAGCAGUCCAAGCAAGCUUCAUUAAGGGUGGUGUGAUCCUUAACACCUCCAACCAGCAUAACAUGGUAGAUACCAGUGGGGCAUUCGUCUUCAAUUCUUUACUUGCAACAGCAAUGCGGGGCAAAGACAUCCCACAGGCUUAUGUCGACCAAGCCAACAUAGACCGAACCAAGGUCAUUCCUCUUCUGGACCCCGGACAGCCAAUUCGCGACCAUAGUUACCUCCUGAAGUCAGCGUUUACGCCUACGCCUGCGCCACCAUCAAAACUCCCAGCUUCGCCCCUAAGAUGGGCAUGCUUCCGGGUUUUCCAGAAGGCCAUGCCUAAGAUUAAGGCAGCCGCAUCGAUCAAGGAUGAAUUCGAUAGCUCGGUGACCUACAUAUCCAGCAAUGACGCCCUGUGCGCAUUGUAUUGGAAGCGACUGGCCGCCGUGCGCGUCGCUAACGGUAGUGUGGCUCUUUCAUCCGUGUCCAAGUUCGCGCGAGCUAUCGACGUCCGCUCUGCUGUCCGCUGCCCACCGGGAUAUAUGGGGCAAAUGAUUCACCACGCUAUCACGCGAUUCUCAUACCGAGACUUAGCGUCGCCGGAAUUGACAUUGUCCGCUAUAGCAUCACGCCUACGAGCUGAGCUCAACCAGUCGUCUAACGAGUGGGCGGUGCGCAGUUAUGCUACCUUUGUGGCUGGUGUUGCUGAUAAGGGGGAACUGGUAUACGGCGGUGGCCUCAACCAGUCUCUUGAUGUUGGAUCUUCGUCUGUUUCCCAGCUGGCCACCAGCUUGUUCGAUUUUGGCGUUCUGGGUAAGCCCACGCUGAUUCGGCGACCUAAUCUGGCUCCUUUUGGCGGUGUCAUGUAUGUUUUACCACCCGAAGAUGAGUCCCAAUACUUGCCUGUUAUAGUAUGCUUAAGCGAGAGGGAUAUAGAAGGCUUGAGGCAGGAUAAGGAAUGGGGGGCAGCUACUCAGUAUGUUGGUUAGCUGAGCACAGUACGAAGCAACAGCACAACUUCCUUGAGUACAACAUGUCAUUUUUUUCUAAUUAUUAUUUGGUGCUUGGAGUUCUCCUUGUCGUCUCUCUCCUUUAAAGAACAUACUAUGGGCCAUUUCCUCAUGACUACCUCCUAACUUGACUAGAUACAUGUUUAAAGGCUUCGAAUUACAGGAGCUGCUAGUUACGUUUAUUAGAAGUUUAAUAAUACUGAAGUUGUCCC